AUGGCGGCUGUGACUUUGCAACCGCCAAUUGCGACAGCACCUCAUCUGCCGGGGAAUGAGUCUGGGGUGGCGACAGCCACAUCACUCUCACUUGAUCGACAUUUCACUGAGCAAGACUUCCAGACCAUUGAUGGGCUUUUGAAGACGAGAGCCAACGGAAGUCUCGCAAAUGAGUCUAUCGUUGCGUAUCCGUCAACAGGAACGGAGUACACGUACUACACACCGCGCCAGUUGGAUACUUUCGUUGAAGCAGCAGCGGUCAUUCUUUCGAGGGUGAUCCCCCAGAGACGUUCUUCGGAGGACCCUGUCCAAGUCGUGGGCUUACUUGGUCCCUCGGACUUUGAGUAUUUGAUUACCCUGUUGGCAGUCACUCGACUUGGUCAUACCGUCCUCUUGCUGUCAACGCGUAUCGCAGAAGAUGCCUAUGUCAGUCUGGUCGAAAGUACAUCUGCCUCUUAUCUCAUCGCACACAAGAGCUUUGAGAAGAUGGGACAGAAGAUCGCAGAAAGAACCAAAAUUGUUCACCAAGAGGCGCUAUCCCGCGACCAAUACGAUAACUUGACUGCGAGCAAACAGUCGCUGCCAGCAGCGUAUCUGGACGGCGCUCGAGAGGCUAGUAACAUCUGCUGGGUCAUUCAUUCAAGUGGAUCAACUGGUCACCCAAAGCCGAUCUACCAGACACACUCGGGGGCACUGAAGAAUUAUGCCAACAACUUCGGGCUUCGAGGGUUCAUCACCCUGCCACUCUUCCACGCUCAUGGCAUCAGUUGUCUCUUCCGUGCCGUGCACUCCCAGAAACUGAUUUACAUGUACAAUGCCAACCUCCCACUGACAGCGCCUCAUCUUAUGGCCACUCUGCAAGAACAUCAAGAAAUCGAAGUUCUCUACGGGGUUCCGUACGCGUUGAAGCUUCUGUCCGAAUCGGAAGAGGGCUUAAAGGCCCUUUCACGGCUGGAACUUGUUAUGUUUGGAGGAUCUUCCUGUCCAAAGCCUAUUGGCGAUACACUGGUCCAAAACGGUGUUCGCUUGGUGUCGCAUUACGGAACCACCGAGACAGGCCAACUGAUGACAUCUUUCAGAGACCGAUCAGAUCUGGACUGGGACUAUGUCCGGCCCGGUCCAUCGUUGCUGCCAUAUCUUCGUUGGGAGGAACAAUCAACUGGGAUCUAUGAGCUUUGCGUUCUAGAGGGGUGGCCCUCUAAAGUAGCAAGCAACCGGCCCGACAACUCAUAUGCGACAAAAGACCUCUUCGAGAAGCAUCCAACUACGCCAAACGCGUGGAGAUACUAUGCGCGUCAAGAUGACACUCUUGUCUUGGAGAACGGCGAGAAGGCAAACCCUUUGGUCAUUGAGGGUGUAGCUCGGAACAACUCGAAUGUCGCCGAGGCAAUUGCUUUUGGUGCGAACAAGCCGCGUCUUGGGAUGUUCGUGGUUGCGUCCGAUAGCUGCAAUGCCAAAACGAAUGAAGAGCUGGUGGACAUGAUCUUCCCCGCCAUCGAGAAAUGCAACGCCGAAUCCCCGGCUUAUGCAUACAUGUCCCGGGACAUGAUCCAUGUCCUGCCAUCCGACGCCGUGUACCGCAAAACCGACAAAGGCACCGUCAUUCGAUCAGCUUUCUAUCGCGACUAUCAAAGUCAAAUCGAUCACAUAUAUGAUGUUGAAGUCGCUGAGGGAGAGCGAGUAUGUGAGGGUGAUGAACUGAUUGAUCUCCUGCGCCAGCAACUUCUGGAAGUUGCACCGGCCCUCGAACCUGCGUCCGUAGAGGACCAGACCGAUAUCUUCAGUCUUGGAAUCGACAGUCUGCAAUCCAUCCGACUACGCACCAUGAUUCUGAAGACACUCUAUCUUGGAGGACAGAAGUUAUCUCAGAACUUUGUGUUUGAAAAUCCGUCUCUUCGAGCUAUGGCCGAUGCAUUGACUUGCAUUCGUCUUGGCCAAGCUCCAAAGGAGGAAUUGACGGUGGAACAACGGAUGUCGGCCCUGAUCGAAAGGUACAGUGCCAACUUCGAGUCACAUGUUCCUGUUGCCCGCCAGGCUGAUGGAGAGCAUAUCAUUGUGACGGGUGCCACAGGCUCCUUAGGUGCUCAUGUCGUGGUGCAAUUGGCUCGUUCAGAAGAUGUUCGAGCAAUCUACUGCCUUGUCCGCGCUAGCUCGGUCCAUUCUGCUCGUCGUCGAGUGUAUCAGUCCCUGCGUGCGCGAGGUUUGUCGUAUGAGCUGAGCCCGGCACAGCAAGGAAAGAUCAUAGCUUUGCCGGCAGAUUUGGGCAGCGAAAUUCGCAUGGGCCUCGAGGAGUCCACCUAUGCGAAUCUGCUUGAUUCAGUGACAGGAGUCAUGCAUUGUGCCUGGUCGGUGAAUUUCAACUGGGCAUUGGAAAGCUUCGAGGGUAGCUGCAUUGCAGGGACUCGGAAUCUAUUAGAUCUGUGUCUACGGGUCCGUCAGCCAGUUCCUGCAAAAUUCUCCUUCUGCUCCUCCGUCAGUACGGUGGCCCGCACACCAGGCCAUUGGGUACCGGAAGCUCUCCCAGAUUCACUGAGUUACGCUCAGAACAUGGGAUACGCGCAAUCCAAGCUAGUGACAGAGCACAUCAUCAAUCGGGCGGCGCAUCAAACUGGAAUGACUGCUCGGGUUCUGCGAGUUGGCCAAAUCAUUGGAGAUACUACUCGGGGUAUCUGGAAUGCCACCGAGGCUAUCCCCAUGAUCUUGCAGUGUGCAGAAACAAUACACGCGCUCCCAAAGCUGGAGGAUCUUCUGUCAUGGACGCCAGUUGAUAUCAUCGCCAGCAGCGUUGUUGAUCUUACUCUAGCUCCAGCUGCAGGGGAGGUAUUGAACGUCACCAACUCAACUCUCAGCCAUUGGACACACGAUCUGCUUCCGCUGCUCAAACAGGCAGGUCUCGACUUCGAAGAGCUGAAUCAGCGUGAAUGGUUGAGUCGCCUUCGGGAUUCCAACCCAGAUCCAAAGCUGAACCCUCCCAUUAAGCUCGUCGAGUUCUUUGCCAGCAAGUACGAUAAUGACAGCCCAAGCCGAGUGCUGCUCUAUGAUACGAAAAAGGCACAAGCAGCCGCCCCGUCCCUGCGACAGGCCGAAGGACUUACGCUCGAUUUGGUGACGCGGUUCAUUAGCUACUUCCGCCGAGAAUGUUGGGGCAGCUCGGCUGUCUCAAGCCUCUCUCCCAAGUGCCGCGAGGUAAUCUUUCUGACUGGAGUUUGUGGAUCCGGUAAGAGCACAGCCGCACAGGCUCUUGCAACUCGAUUCGAUAUUCCAGUCAUUGAAGGAGACGAAAUGCAUUCGCAUUUGGCUCGCGAGAAAAUGGCUAAGAGCAUCCCACUCCGAGAUGACGAUCGCUGGGACUGGAUUGCCCAUAUCAGAGGGGCCCUGAUGGACAGACUGCAGCAUUCAACAGCCCCCGCCAUUGCAGUUACAUGUUCUGCGUUGCGCUCAGUCUACCGUGAUGAGCUGCGAAGGCUGCCCCAACUCUUGGAUUUCCCCGUCAUGGUCACCUUCCUUUGUCUUUCGAUUGGAGAUGAAGCACAAUUGGAGGCACGUUUGGUUGCUCGCUCUGCCAAUGAGUCUCAUUACAUGCAGUCGACAAUGGUUGCAUCACAGCUUGCCAUUCAAGAGCCGCCGUCGGAGUUGGAAAGUGAUGUCAUUGCACUGGACGCCACUUUAAGUAAGCCGGAUAUGCUUGAAGAGGUGGAAGAUACAGUGCGUUUGAUUCUUGACUUGUAG